UUAUAGGAACCUGACACACACACAAUGAUACAGUCACCAUCCAGACACAUCCCUUGUCUGUUACUGGAGAAUGUCCCAGAAUUCCCGGCACCGCUCACCUCUCCUGUCAGCAGCUCCAUCAUCUUCUUGGUGACUUCUAGAACCUUCAGCAUUGGAUCUCUCAGGUAUCAGGUAGUGAGGUGUAGAUGUUGUGAUGUCAGGGGGUCCACUGAGAAGGCUGUUGGAAUCCUCCUCACCUCUCCGGUCAGCAGGUAGAUGAUCUCCAGGGUGAGGUUUAGUAUCCUCUUGGUCAGGUGACUCCGCCUCUCCUGGUC